AUGGAAAAGAAAACUCGUCGCGGGUACAAGAGAGUAUUCGAGCACCUGAAGAGGAAGUCUGCUAGGCGCAUAGUGCUUGAUUUCGAAAAAGCUGCCAUCCAUGCGGCCAAUAAGGUAUUCCCAAAUGCGACUGUUGAAGGAUGUGCCUUCCACCUGGCGCAAGCGUGGAACCGCAAAAGAAACCAUUUGGGGCUCCAGAAGUACCUGAAAGGCGCAGAAAAGGAUGAACGCGUGGUCAACUGGUGGGAAACGCUAAAAGGAAUGGUAUUCCUCCCGCAAGAUCUGUGGCCUGAAGUACGAGCACUACGCGGUAAACCAGUGCCGAGUGGCGACUUGCAUGACAGAUGCCAAGAUUUCCUUAAUUAUUUGGAAACCACCUGGCUGAGUGGGCCGUUCAAAGAUCUGUGGUGCAAGUGGAGAGUUGAGGAGCUGAGGACGACUAAUCUUGCCGAAGCCUUUCACAGGAGAAUACAGGUCUUGGCAUCGGUUGACCACCCACCGCUAAGCGUUCUGAUCGAUGUUUUGAGAAAGCUUAACUAUGAAGCCAUGGCCGCCCUCACACGUCUUAAGGAA